CUUCCUCGUCAACUAAGUUUCCUCAUUCUUCACUUCAUAAUAUCAACUUCAUUCUAAACAAUUAGAAAGAACAAAUUAUACAUGUCUCCACAAACAUAAAGAAUAUUAGUUGUUUAAGGAAGAUAUAUUAAUUAGAAUAUUAAAUAUACCGGGAAAGUAAUUAUAUGUGUGUGGGCGGGUACCCAUGGGGCGGGUGUACCUAAACCCAAACCCAACCCGACUCAGUGAAUAGUGUAGCGGGUUUAAACCCAAACCCGAGCCAAAACCCGUCAACACGGGUUUUACCCGCUUUGACCGGAUUGGGUCGGGUGGGUACCCGUGGGUUUGGAUUUUGUUGCCAUCCCUAGGACUAAGCAGUCUACUUCUUUCCGCCCCAACUGAAAAUUUUGGAAUCUGGUGGCGACAUGUUAUGAACUUGGAAAGCUUCCAAAUCCACUAUCUCCCCGACAUUUGCCUUCUUUGGAGAAUUUGGAAAUCUAGAAACAAAGUGGUUUAUGAAUUCACUCAACCACUAGCCAGUUCGCUUGCCCGUCAGUUUUUCUUCCAAGUCCAAGAAUAUUUCUCAGUCUCUCCCCAUCCUCAGAUCCUCUCUCCCCGCCUCCAGUCCUCUCGUCUCUCCAGUUGGGUUGGUCCUCCUGAAGGUUUUAUCAAGAUCAACUUCGAUGCCGCUGUUCGUGACCAUGGUAGCUCGUCAGGCCUCGUCGUUCGAGGAUCAGAUGGGCAAGUCUUUUUGUCCUUGAGAUUCCACCAUCCAGGGAUUUCGAAUCCUUAUCUUGCAGAGCUGCUAGCCGCCAGAGAUGCCAUCUCUUUGGUGCUUUCUCGCAGUAUUCCCCGCGCCAUCAUCGAAGGUGAUUCAGAAGUGGUUGUCCGGCAACUUGAUGGUAGAUGCUGUGAAGACUCGGUGGGAGGGCCCUUACUUCGCGAUUGUUUUCAGUUGUUGAGAUCCUGUUCUUCUUGUAUUCUCUUUAGUUCGGUCCCGAGGACUGUCAACUGGGCUGCCCAUAGAGUGGCAAGACAAGCCCUGUUGCUGUCCCCUGUAGCGAUAGCGUCCUUCGAUUUUGUAGGGUGGCUCCACUAACUGUCUUUUUGGGGUUUUGGGUAGAGGAUUUAACUAUUGUAUUUUGAUAUUACUUGAAAAAAAAAAGAUUUUAGAGAUUUGAAAUCUCUAAAUCUAAAAUCCACAAUACAAAAAACAACAAAAAAACAUAACUUUUCACAAGAUUUACGGAUUCAAUGAAUUCGCACUCUAAAUCUCAUUCUCCAAACGACCUCUAAGUGUGAAAUUUUGAUAAUUUGACAUAUUCAUACAAUUUAAGAAUAAUCUCACAAUAUGAAACAUGAGACCGGAUAAGUAAAGUUUUUUAUGGCAC